AUGACGCUCCCUGAAAAAGACAUUUUAGGUAAAAUGAUGAAGUGCGUGACACCCUCCGCUAAGUCGGGGGCGGUGACAGACAGCAAUGACGCGUCCAAAGAGGGUACCCCGAAGAAGAAACCGCGGCAGCAGCUGCCGCUGCGCGGGCGCGGCGCGCGCGGCGCCGCCGCCUUCCUGGCGCUCAGCCUGUGCGCGCUCGCGCUCUCCAACCUGGUGGCCGUGCUGGCCGCCGUGGGGCUCGCGAGGGACGCCGCCCGCGCCCGCGACCUGCCGGACGGCAAGGUGUCCGGGUCGGCGGACGCGUCGCCGAUGAACGCGGGCCUGCUGGCGGUGUCGGCGCUGCACGUGGCGGUGUGCGUGUGGAGUGCGUGCCGCACCUACCGGCUGGCGUGCCCGUGUGCCCGCGGGUCGGCCGCCUCCUCGCGCUCCGGCGGCAGCCGCGCCAGCUCGUGGCACAGCAGCGUGGCCAGCGGCCGCCGCCGCCUCGUCUCCUCCUGGCUGGGCCAGCAGCACCGGCCCACCGCGGCAGCCGGCGCGCCCCACGUCGUCCUCGUGGCGCCGCCGCUGCCGCCGCCGCCGGGGCAGCCCAUAUUGGCUCCAUUGUAUGCCAUCCAGACGCCAGCAACAAAAUUGCAGCCAGCAUCAGUCAUCAAUUUUCACAUACCAGCAUCAUUGCCUUACAUGAACCCGAUGCCAAAACAUCGUCAUGGACGACCUAGACCACAGUCAUUACCUUACAGUCAAAGUCUGGCUCGACCAAAACGGAAACAGAUAGUAGAAGACCAGCGGAGACACCACACACUGGAUGGCAGGCACAGUAACAGUGUGCCCGCAAAAACUCAGCCAAAGAAGAAGAGACAAAUAACAGAGGAAGAAGUUGAGAAAACAUACACAGGCCUCGAUCGUAAUCUUGCUGAAGAGUUCAUCUCUAUCGCAAUGGAGCCUGGUGUUGGUAAGGAGAGACUGGCUCGAUCUGCAAGUGAUGGAGUCAGCAGCAGUUCACAGCCUCCUGCCAGCAUUUAGUCAUACUGUCACCGAGACUGUGAAUCAGAGUGAGAUGUAGGACCAUGUGUUCCAGUGUGUGAUUUCAUGUCAAGAAAGUUCAUACAUUAGAAAUGUUAGACCAGUUUCAGACUCAAGACAUGGUGUAAAUAUACACAUGGACUGAUUCUACAACAAAAUGUGUGGAUUAUGCAUCCUGACAAAGAUCCAUGCAUAAACAAAGUGCAAUAUUUUCAUUCAGCUGAAUGAUUUGAGUUACCACAACAUAAAGAAAGUUAUUGUCAUAGAUUUAUUCCUUCACUGCUUUUUCACAUCAUUUCUUCAUCAAUUUAGUGUACAUUCUAGUAUUGCAUCUGUGCAUGUGCUUUUGUGUGUGUGUGUGUGUGUGUGUGUGUGUGUGUGUGUGUGUGUGUGUGUGUGUAUACAUGUGUGGGAAAAAGAGAAAGGAAGAGAGAGAGAUUGCUCCCAAUCAGCAUUCUCUCUACUGGUGUCAUUACAUUUUACUACGAAAUCAUGUAGGUACAGUUCUUUUGAAGAAUUUUGUACACUUCAUUAUACAGAUUACAGAUCAAAUCUUUAGUUGAGCAUUACAUCUUAGAACAAAUAUAUGUAUGGCAAUAAGGAACUGACAAUUUUGUAUGAGAGUUACUGCAGAAAUUUUACAUAUACAUACUAUGCAUUUCAGAAGAGUUACACGAAAAUAAAUAAUACAGUAUUACAUUUGUAAUAAAUAGAAACUGAAAUCUAUUAUUGUAUGGGAUUGCUGGCACAAUAUUUUAUCUGUAAAGAACAAUAAAUAGUCUGUACAUCAUAAGUAAUAUAUAUUAAUAAUUAUUAAACACUGUUCUACAAAACAGCCUCAUCCUUUACACCGGCUUGAAGUGAAAAUUCCAACUACCAUUUAACCAUUUAAUGUUGACAAUACUUUGAACAACUGUAGUAGAGCAGCAAGUAUGGAACAUGGCUUCUGGAUAAAAUUCAAUGCUGACUGUAGUCAAAGACCCUAAAUGCAUGAUGUCAUCAUGCCUCCACCCAUUAUUUCAGUAGUCAUUAAAAUGAAACAGCCAAUCAAAAUGUAGCAGCCAUUUUCAAAAGUACCAGUAUCUAAUUUUGUUAUGACAUGUUCAAACAUACUCUGUAUUAUUUAACAAAAAUGUUUACUUUAAUUGCUCUACCUAUCAUCUCAUGUGCACAUACAGCAUCAACAAAAGGUAAGCGUCACCUAAAUUGCAUAAAAUGGCACCAAGUUCAAAAGAAUAUUGCCAGUGCUACAGUAUUUCCAUGUCAAAAAUGUAUUUAAGCUUCACCUGAAUUUCACAAAAGUGUGACACGUUCAAAUAAAUUUGCCUGUACUACAGUAUUUCUAAAAAUUA